AUGGCGGCAACCGACGAGUCGAACAUGCCCUUCAUAAGGAAUCUCGCAUCCAGCGACCGCAAGACCCGCACCUCAGCCCUCGACACCCUGCGCACCUUCCUCUCGGCCUCGACGACGUCGCGCCAGCUCAGCGCCCUCGACAACCAGAAGCUCUGGAAGGGCCUCUUCUACAGCCUCUGGAUGUGCGACCGGCCGAUCCCGCAGCAGAACCUGUGCGGGGAGCUGGCGGGGCUGAUUAGUAUACUGCCUGACGAGGCCGUCGUGCCGUGGCUCGGCGGGUUCUGGGCCAUCAUGAGCAGGGAGUGGACGAGCAUCGACGUGCUGCGCAUGGAGAAGUUCCUACUGCUCGUGCGGCGCGUCGUGGGCGCCAGUCUGGCGUGGGCAGGCGGGGACGGCGGCAAUAAGAAGAACGGGGGUAGCAAGAAGACGACGAAGGGGGAGGCGCAGAAUAUCGGGCGGGCAGAGGCGAUGAUGGCGCUGCUGGCCGCCUGGCCGCUUGAGCCCACAGGCGACCUGUCUAAGGUGCCGUCCGGGGUGCGGCUGCACGUCCUCGAUAUCUGGGUCGACGAGGCGGAGAAGCUGCGGCUGCUGGAGCAGGGUGCGGAUGAGGGGCAGAAGGAUCUCUUGGACCGGAUACGGCAGCUCGUCGAGGCGCAGAGCAAGUCUACCUGCAAACCUGUGCGCGUCAGGGCGAAGGAGUCGUUGGCCGAUGGGCGGUUACCGUGGAACGCGCCUGGGGAGGCUGGCGACGAUGACGAGGAUGGAGCACCGAAGACCAAAGAUGCCUCUGGCGAUAAGAGUAGCUGGGACGGCUUUGCGGACUGA